AUGCGCUCAAAUCAUGCUUUGCUCGCCCCCGUUACUCCUGCUUUCGAUACACAUGAGCAACGACGCCGUGUGCCUGCUUCGUCGAUAGCUACCCAGACCUACCCGAACGAGCAGUCCUAUGACCACGAACCGAUGUUCGAACAACAUCGCACCUAUGAUCAGCAACUCCCUGACGAUGGACCAGCCUACGACCAACAAAUGCCUUACGACGAGUACGACGACAACAAAGAGAACAUCCCGCAACUCGCGCAAGAUGAUUAUACCGAGAUCUCCUCUCUGGAUUACACUGACUAUGAUAUGCCUGCUGCUCGAUCUCCCAGCUUUUUUUCUUCCGCGAUCGACUACGGGCACGCCGGCAUGGACGAUCGAUAGACACUGUC